AUGGGCAACGAGGCGAGCUUGGAAGGGGAAGGGCUCCCCGAAGGGCUGGAGGCGGCCGCAGGCGGGGCUGGCGGCUCGGGGAGCGCCCUGCACCCCGGGAUCCCAGCCGGCAUGGAGGCGGACCUGAGCCAGCUGAGCGAGGAGGAGAGGAGACAGAUCGCUGCUGUCAUGUCAAGGGCGCAGGGGCUGCCCAAAGGAAGCGUCCCCGCGGCCGCUGCGGAGUCGCCCUCCAUGCACAGGAAGCAAGAGUUGGAUAGUAGUCAGGCUCCACAGCAACCAGGAAAGCCGCCAGACCCUGGGCAUCCCACUCAGCCUGGUCUCAGCAAAAGCAGAACUACGGACACGUUUAGGUCAGAACAGAAGCUACCUGGAAGGAGCCCGUCGACUAUUAGCUUGAAAGAAUCAAAGUCCAGAACUGAUUUUAAGGAAGAAUACAAGUCUAGUAUGAUGCCUGGUUUCUUCUCAGAUGUUAACCCUUUAAGUGCUGUCUCCUCUGUUGUAAAUAAAUUCAACCCUUUUGAUUUGAUAUCAGACUCUGAGGCAUCCCAGGAGGAAACUACAAAGAAACAAAAAGUUGCUCAGAAGGACCAAGGGAAAUCGGAAGGAAUCACAAAACCUCCUUUGCAGCAACCAUCACCCAAGUCAAUCCCUAAACAGCAAGGACCAGUGAAGGAAGUGACGCAGCAAGAAAGCGUUCCCAAGUCAGCAUCUUCACAGCAAGGAGAAAAAUUAAAGCCACAAGCCCCUGGCACAGUAAAACCUUCCCAGCAGAGCCCAGCCCAAACACCAGCUCAGCAAGCAAGUCCUGGAAAACCUGUAGCCCAACAGCCUGGACCCGCAAAGGCCACAGUCCAGCAACCAGGGCCAGCAAAGUCCCCUGCUCAACCAGCAGGGACAGGGAAGUCCCCAGCACAACCUCCAGUGACAGCCAAGCCUCCAGCUCACCAGGCUGGAUUAGAGAAGACCUCAUCGCAGCAGCCUGGGCCAAAGUCUCUAGCUCAGACUCCUGGUCAUGGAAAGUUUGCACCGGGGCCUGUAAAGUCCUCAGCCCAGCAGCCAGGGACAGCAAAACUCCCAGCUCAACAGCCUGGCCCACAAACUGCAGCUAAGGUUCCUGGGCCUACAAAAACGCCAGCUCAGCAAUCUGGACCUGGAAAGACACCAGCGCAACAGCCAGGUCCAACAAAGCCUUCCCCUCAGCAGCCCAUUCCAGCAAAGCCCCAGCCUCAACAACCUGUUGCCACAAAACCUCAGCCUCAACAGCCAGCCCCAGCAAAGCCCCAGCCUCAGCAGCCAGCCCCAGCAAAGCCCCAGCCUCAGCAGCCAGCCCCAGCAAAGCCCCAGCCCCAGCAACCAGCCCCAACAAAGCCUCAGCCACAACAGCCCACCCCAGCAAAGCCCCAGCCCCAACCCCCCACCCUAGCAAAGCCCCAGCCUCAACCCCCCAUCCCAGGAAAGCCCCAGCCCCAACCCCCCACUCCAGCAAAGCCCCAGCCCCAAACCCCCACCCCAGCAAAGCCCCACCAUCAACAGCCAGGCCUAGCAAAACCUUCAGCUCAACAACCUACGAAAUCGAUAAGCCAAACAGUAACUGGAAAACCACCUCUGCAACCACCACCCACUUCUGCAGCACAGACUCCAGCACAAGGCCUCUCUAAAACCAUCUGCCCUCUUUGUAACACCACUGAGCUUCUGUUGCACACUCCAGAAAAGGCCAAUUUUAACACAUGCACUGAGUGUCAAAGCACCGUGUGUAGCCUCUGCGGUUUUAACCCCAACCCUCAUUUAACUGAGAUCAACGAGUGGCUCUGUUUAAACUGCCAGAUGCAGAGAGCUCUAGGGGGCGAGCUGGCAGCCAUGCCAUCUUCACCUCAGCCAACCCCGAAGGCCGCCGGAGUCCCGACAACAACAUCCAGCAAAUCGCCUGUACCAUCACAGCCGGCUUCCCCAAAGAAGGAGCCUCCAUCCAAACAGGACAGCCCCAAAGCACUGGAGUCCAAAAAACCACCGGAGUCGAAAAAGCCACCGCCACUGGUGAAACAGCCAACCCUUCAUGGACCUAGCCCAGCUGCAGCCCCACAGCCUCCAGUGGCAGAGGCCUUACCUGAGCCAGCCCCUCCCAAGGAGCCUUCUGCACCCCCACCUGAACAAGCCAAGGCCCCUGUCGCAGAUGUUGAACCAAAGCAACCCAAGAUGACAGAGACACGCACAGACACCCAGUCUUCAUCCACAGCAACAACAAAGCCUGCUGUUCUGAGCUCUCAGGCGCAGUCACAGGCUCAAGUGAAAACAGCCCCUCCUUUGAAAACAGACUCCACCAAACCUUCACAGAGUUUCCCACCAACAGGAGAAAAAAGUACCCCACUUGAUUCUAAAGCCAUGCCCAGGCCUGCAUCAGACUCAAAAAUUAUCUCACACCCUGGGCCCCCUUCCGAGAGCAAGGAUCCAAUUCAGAAGAAGGAGGAGCCUAAGAAAGCACAAACCAAGGUGAUCCCUAAACCAGAUCCAAAGCCAGUGCCAAAAGGAUCACCUACACCCUCCGGCUCACGACCUACCCCUGGCCAAGCUGCACCCCCAUCGCAGCAGCCCCUGAAACCUCAGGAGCAGUCAAGACGUUUCAGUUUGAAUCUGGGUGGUAUCACUGAUGCCCCUAAAUCACAGCCCACAACUCCUCAAGAAUCUGUGACAGGGAAACUAUUCGGGUUCGGAGCAUCCAUCUUUAGCCAAGCAUCAAACUUAAUUUCCACAGCAGGCCAGCAAGCACCUCAGCCACAGACUGGGCCAGCUGCCCCUCCAAAACAAGCCCCUACCCCAUCACAGACUCCUGCUGCUCAGGGACAGCCCAAGUCCACAGGUCAGCUCCCACCAGCACCUGCCAAGACGACUGCUGUGAAGAAGGAAACAAAAGCCCCAGCAGCUGAAAACUUAGAGUCCAAACCUGAGCAAGCUCCAACUGCGAAGAAGACAGAGAAAGACAAGAAGCUGCCACCUGGGAAGAUCAGCAAACUUCCACCUACAGAGUCCGAAAAGGAUGUCCUCGCCCAUAAACCAGACAAGACCACCAAACCCAAACCAGCCUGCCCUCUCUGCAGAACUGAACUCAACACAGGGUCUCCGGAUCCUCCCAACUUCAACACCUGCACAGAGUGCAAGAAUCAAGUUUGCAACCUCUGUGGAUUUAACCCAACACCCCACCUGACUGAGAUUCAAGAGUGGCUGUGUUUAAACUGCCAGACACAGAGAGCGAUAUCAGGACAACUUGGAGAUAUGGGCAAAAUGCCACCUGCACCCUCAGGACCCAAAGCAUCCCCAGUGGCUGCCCCUACAGAACCCUCAUCUCAGAAAACACCCACAGGGGCCCACGGGAAAGGGAAAAAGAAAGAAACAGAAGUAAAAGUGGAAACUGAAAAACCAGUCCCAGAAAAAGAAACAGCACCGAUUGAGAAAACCCCUCCAAAGGUCACCACCGAUCAAAAACUAGAAGAAAGUGAAGAAACGAAGAGCAAAGAUUCGGCUCUGCCGGAAAAGAAACCAUCUGAAGAAGAAAAAGCACUACCUGCUGAUACAAAGGAUAAGAAGCCACCUGCUGAAGAAAAACCACCGCUUGAAGAAAAGAAGCCAAUCCCUGAUGAUCAGAAGUUACCCCCAGAAACAAAGCCAUUGGCCGCAGAAGGGGAAGAGAAACGUGAAAUACUUGAAGCUCCCAUACAAAUUCCCGAAAAAGAGCCCACAGGCAAAGUGGCUGCAGAGGCGGGUGAGGAAGAGCAGCAGCCAGACACCAGGCCUGGAGAUCUGCCAGACGCCGCCCCUCAGACGGUACCCCAGGAAGGAGAGAAGGGGAGCAGGGCGCUAGCACAGCCGCAGGCAGAAGGGGCUGCCAAGGACCGCCAAGGGGAGCCCAGCAAAGAAAGGACAGAAAAGGAAGAGGACAAGUCAGACACAUCCAGUUCUCAGCAACCCAAAAGCCCGCAAGGCCUGAGUGACACAGGAUAUUCUUCCGAUGGGAUAUCAGGUUCCCUUGGGGAAAUCCCCAGUCUUAUACCCAGUGAUGAGAAAGAUUUGCUCAAAGGACUCAAAAAAGACUCUUUCUCACAAGAAAGCAGCCCUUCCAGCCCCUCAGACUUAGCUAAGUUGGAAAGUACAGUACUAUCCAUUUUAGAAGCUCAGGCAAGUACACUGGUUGGUGAAAAAGCAGAAAAGAAAACACAGCCCCAGAAGGUUUCCCCUGAACAGCCUCAGGACCAGCAGAAAACUCAGACUCCAUCUGAAACACAGGAUACUACUAUUUCAGAAGAGGCGAUCAAAGAGAGUCAAGAAAAGAAGGUUAGUUCCAAAAAGGAUAGUGAGCAAGGUUUUCCUUCCAGGAAGGAACACAAAGAGAAGCCCGAGCUAGUUGAUGACCUAAGUCCGCGAAGAGCAUCCUAUGAUUCGGUUGAAGACAGCAGCGAAAGUGAAAACUCCCCUGUUGCACGCAGAAAGCGGAGAACUAGGAUCGGCUCAUCAAGCAGCGACGAGUAUAAGCAGGAAGACAGUCAAGGCUCAGGGGAAGAGGAGGACUUCAUUCGAAAACAGAUCAUAGAAAUGAGUGCUGAUGAGGAUGCGUCGGGCUCUGAGGAUGAAGAGUUCAUCAGGAGUCAGCUCAAAGAGAUCAGCGGGGUUGCUGAGAGCCAGAAGAGGGAGGAAAUAAAGGGGAAAGGAAAAACAGCAGCAGGGAAACACCGACGGCUAACUCGAAAGAGUAGUACCAGCUUCGACGAUGACGCAGGGAGACGUCAUUCCUGGCAUGACGAGGAUGAUGAAACUUUCGAUGAAAGUCCUGAACUCAAAUUCAGAGAGACUAAAAGCCAGGAGAGUGAAGAACUCGUUGUUGCUGGAGGAGGAGGGCUACGUCGAUUUAAGACUAUAGAACUCAACAGUACAGUAACAGAUAAGUACUCUGCAGAAUCCUCUCAGAAAAAGACAACUUUGUAUUUUGAUGAAGAGCCAGAAUUAGAAAUGGAAAGUCUGACGGAUUCACCCGAGGACAGAUCUAGAGGAGAGGGAUCCUCUAGUCUCCAUGCAUCCAGCUUCACUCCUGGCACAUCCCCUACGUCAGUAUCAUCACUUGAUGAGGACAGUGACAGUAGCCCGAGUCACAAAACAGGAGAAGGCAAGCAGCAGCGCAAAGCUCGGCACAGGUCACACGGCCCUCUCUUACCUACCAUUGAAGACUCUUCCGAGGAAGAAGAACUGCGAGAGGAAGAGGAAUUGCUAAAAGAGCAAGAGAAGCAGAGAGAACUGGAGCAGCAGCAGAGGAAGAGUUCUAGUAAGAAAUCGAAGAAAGACAAAGAUGAGCUUCGAGCUCAGAGAAGGAGAGAAAGACCGAAGACGCCACCCAGUAAUCUCUCGCCCAUCGAGGAUGCAUCUCCCACUGAAGAACUGCGCCAGGCAGCAGAAAUGGAGGAACUCCAUAGGUCCUCUUGUUCUGAGUAUUCACCUAGCAUAGAAUCAGACCCAGAAGGAUUUGAAAUAAGCCCUGAGAAAAUAAUAGAAGUUCAAAAAGUUUAUAAAUUGCCCACAGCUGUGUCUUUAUAUUCACCGACAGAUGAGCAAUCUGUUAUGCAGAAAGAAGGUGUUCAGAGGGCUUUAAAAAGUGCUGAGGAGAUGUAUGAAGAAAUGAUGCAGAAACCCCACAAGUAUAAAGCUUUUCCAGCUGCAAACGAACGAGAUGAAGUGUUUGAAAAAGAGCCAUUGUAUGGUGGUAUGUUAAUAGAGGACUACAUUUAUGAAUCUUUAGUAGAGGACACAUACAAUGGAUCAGUAGACGGCAGCCUGCUCACCAGGCAAGAAGAACAAAAUGGCUUUAUGCAGCAGAGAGGAAGAGAGCAAAAAAUAAGACUCCAGGAGCAGAUGUAUGAUGACCCUAUGCAGAAGAUUACAGACCUCCAGAAAGAGUUUUAUGAGCUAGAAAGCUUACAUUCUGUUGUGCCUCAAGAAGAUAUUGUUUCAAGCUCUUAUAUCAUUCCAGAAAGCCAUGAGAUAGUGGACCUGGGUAGCAUGGUGACUUCUACCAGUGAAGAAAAGAAACUAUUAGAUGCUGAUGCUGCUUAUGAAGAACUCAUGAAGCGGCAGCAGAUGCAGGUGGCAGAUGGAUCCAGCCUCAUUCAGACUCCCAUUGGGGAUGACAUGGCAGAGUCCACGCUGGACUGUGACAGGAUGCAAGAUGCAUCUCUGACAUCAAGCAUCCUUUCUGGAGCAUCUCUUACAGACUCAACCAGCAGUGCAACUCUCUCUAUCCCAGAUGUUAAGAUAACCCAACAUUUUUCAACAGAAGAACUUGAGGAUGAAUAUGUAACUGAUUAUACAAGAGAAAUUCAAGAGAUAAUUGCCCAUGAAUCUCUGAUAUUGACCUACUCUGAGCCUUCAGAAAGUGCUACGUCUGUCCCACCUUCUGACACACCUUCUCUCACAUCAUCUAUUUCUUCGGUUUGCACCACAGAUAGCUCCUCACCUGUCACUACCCUCGAUAGCCUAACAACUGUUUAUACAGAGCCAGCAGAUGUAAUAACUAAAUUUAAAGAUUCUGAGGAAAUUUCUUCAACUUAUUUUCCAGGCAGCAUUAUCGACUAUCCAGAAGAUAUAAGUGUAUCUUUAGAUCGGACCAUCACACCAGAAAGUAGAACUAAUGCUGAUCAGAUUAUGAUUUCUUUCUCUAGUAUAGCACCUUCUAUCACAGAAUCUGUAGGAACUAAACCCAAGAGGCCACAAGCUGACACGAUUUCCACUGGCAUACCUAUAUCUGAAAAGGAUUUAAUAAAAGGCAAGAAAGAAACUGGGGAUGGAAUUAUUCUGGAAGUUUUGGAUGCUUACAAAGACAAAAGGGAAGAGUCUGAGGCUGAACUAACAAAAGUUAGCUUACCUGAGACUGGGUUGGUCCAAACACCUUCUUCUGUAAUAGCCCCUCAAAUCAAGGAGCAACCUGUAUCUGCACAUUCUGUAUCUGGAAAGAUCUCUGGUCAGGAAAAGCCCACAUACAGGUUACCAUCUGGCAGUCUUCCUGUUUCUACCCAUCCAUCUAAAUCUCACCCAUUUUUCCGAAGUUCUUCUUUGGACAUAUCAGCCCAGCCACCCCCUCCUCCCCCACCACCUCCCCCUCCCCCUCCACCACCUCCUCCUCCCCCACCCCCACCAUUGCCUCCAGCAACUUCUCCUAAACCACCCACUUAUCCUAGAAAAAAGUUGGCAGCUGCAGCUCCAGUGCCUCCAACUACUAUUGUUACAACCCAUGUUGAUGCUAUUACUACUGUAGAAGCCACAGCUGCCCGCAGAAGCAAUGGUUUACCUGCAACUAAAAUAUGUGCUACUGCACCUCCUCCUGUCCCUCCCAAGCCUUCUUCAAUUCCAACUGGACUUGUAUUUACACAUAGGCCAGAGGUAAGCAAACCUCCAAUUGCCCCCAAGCCAGCAAUUCCUCAGAUUCCAGUGACUACACAGAAAACAACAGAUGUGUGCCCCAAACCGACAGGUCUAUCUUUAACAUCAAGUAUGUCCUUAAAUUUAGUGACUUCGGCAGACUACAAACUGCCUUCCCCUACUUCUCCACUUUCUCCACACUCUAAUAAAUCCUCACCUAGAUAUUCGAAGUCUCUCAUGGAGACUUAUGUGGUUAUUACAUUACCCUCUGAACCUGGGACUCCAACAGAUUCUUCUGCUCAAGCCAUUACAAGUUGGCCCUUGGGAUCACCCCCAAAAGAUCUGGUUUCCCUUGAAACAGUAUUUUCUGUAGUUCCUCCCAUGACAGCUACAGAAAUUCCAAGUGCUUCUCAGCCAACCCUGUAUACAUCUGGAGCUUUGGGGACAUAUUGUGCUGCCCCUGUUGUAACACCAUCUCUGUUUCAAACAGUACCUGCUUCGCUCACACAGUUCCUUCCAACAGAAGCUUCAAAAUCUGAAGUUUCUGCAGUGAGAAGCACAGUCCCAAGUGUUGCUCCCAGAAGUGUUUCCAUACCAAUUCCUCCAGAGCCUCUUGCUCUAGACAGGCAUCAGUAUAAGGAAAACGGAAAGUUGCCGCUUAUUGGAGAUGCCAUUGAUUUGCGUACAAUACCAAAAACAGAAGCUCAAGUAACUGAAAAAUGCAUGGAUCUUUCUGCUUCUGCAAUGGAUGUGAAAAGGCAGACAGCAGCGAAUGAAGUUUACAGGCGACAGAUUAGUGCCGUCCAACCUUCUAUCAUAAACCUCAGUGCAGCUUCCUCCUUAAUAACUCCAGUCACCAUGGACUCUAAGACAGUGGCUGUUGUCACGUGCACAGAUACUACAAUUUACACAACAGGCACAGAAAGCCAAGUGGGUAUAGAGCAUGCCAUAACAUCCCCACUACAGCUUACCACAGCCAAACAUACUGAGUUACCGUACAGGAAACCUAGUAGCCAGACUUUCCCCACGAUGCGAGACGAAGCACCUAUAAACUUAUCAUUAGGUCCUCCCACUCAGGCAGUGACAUUGGCUGUCACAAAGCCUGUCACUGUACCUCCUGUUGGUGUUACAAAUGGAUGGACUGACAGCACUGUAUCUCAGGGGAUCACUGAUGGAGAAGUGGUAGAUCUCAGCACAUCAAAGUCUCAUAGAACUGUUGUGACAAUGGAUGAAUCUACUUCAAAUGUGGUGACUAAAAUCAUAGAAGACGAUGAAAAACCAGUUGAUUUGACUGCUGGAAGACGAGCUGUGUGCUGUGACGUGGUUUACAAGUUGCCUUUUGGACGGAGCUGCACAGCACAGCAGCCUGCAACUACCCUUCCUGAAGACCGUUUUGGCUAUCGGGAUGACCACUAUCAAUAUGAUAGAUCAGGGCCAUAUGGUUACAGAGGGAUUGGUGGAAUGAAACCUUCCAUGUCAGAUACUAAUCUAGCAGAAGCUGGACAUUUUUUCUAUAAAAGUAAGAAUGCUUUUGAUUAUUCUGGAGGAACUGAUGGAGCAGUAGAUCUAACUUCAGGGAGAGUGUCUACAGGUGAGGUAAUGGAUUAUUCAAGCAAGACUGCAGGUCCAUACCCAGAAACACGCCAAGUCAUUUCGGGAGUUGGGAUUAGUACCCCGCAGUAUUCCACAGCAAGAAUGACUCCACCUCCUGGACCCCAGUAUGGUGUGGGAAGUGUUUUGAGGUCAUCUAAUGGUGUUGUCUAUUCUUCAGUAGCAACUCCAAUCCCCUCCACAUUUGCUAUCACCACUCAACCUGGCUCUAUUUUCAGCACCACGGUCAGAGAUUUAUCUGGCCUUCAUACAACAGAUGCAAUAACUUCACUAUCAGCCCUGCAUCAAAGCCAGCCAAUGCCUAGAUCGUAUUUCAUAACAACAGGUGCAUCCGAAACAGACAUCUCGGUAACCAGCAUUGACAUCAAUGCCAGCCUGCAAACUAUUACCAUGGAAACUCUUCCUGCCGAGACAAUGGACUCUGUUCCUACCUUAACCACAGCCUCUGAGGUGUUUUCUGAGGUGGUUGGAGAGGAAAGCACUCUUUUGAUUGUCCCUGAUGAAGACAAACAACAACAGCAACUUGACUUGGAGCGAGAGCUCCUGGAACUGGAGAAAAUUAAACAACAACGCUUUGCCGAGGAACUGGAGUGGGAACGUCAGGAGAUUCAGAGGUUCCGUGAACAAGAGAAGAUCAUGGUUCAGAAGAAGCUGGAGGAGCUGCAGUCUAUGAAGCAGCACCUUCUCUAUCAACAAGAGGAAGAGCGGCAGGCCCAGUUCAUGAUGAGACAGGAGACGCUAGCUCAGCAACAGAUACAGCUGGAGCAGAUCCAACAGCUACAACAACAGCUCCACCAGCAGCUUGAGGAACAAAAACUUCGCCAGAUCUACCAGUAUAACUAUGAUCCCUCUGGGACCGCUUCUCCACAAACCACCACUGAACAGGCAAUUUUGGAGGGUCAAUAUGCUGCUACAGAGGGCAGUCAGUUUUGGGCCACCGAAGACGCCACCACAACAGCAUCUACUGUGGUAGCCAUUGAAAUACCACAGAGCCAAGGAUGGUACACGGUUCAGUCUGAUGGUGUGACUCAGUACAUCGCCCCGCCUGGCAUCUUGAGCACUGUUUCGGAGAUACCUCUGACAGAUGUUGUCGUCAAAGAGGAGAAACAACCCAAAAAGAGAAGCUCUGGAGCUAAAGUUCGGGGGCAGUAUGACGAGAUGGGGGAAGGCGUGGCAGAUGAUCCACGGAAUUUAAAAAAGAUCGUGGACAGUGGUGUGCAAACUGACGACGAAGAAACUGCCGAUCGGAGUUAUGCAAGUAGGAGAAGAAGAACUAAAAAAAGUGUUGAUACCAGUGUCCAAACUGAUGACGAAGAUCAGGAUGAAUGGGAUAUGCCUUCUAGGUCCAGGAGAAAAGCCCGAACAGGGAAAUACGGAGAUAGCACGGCAGAGGGUGACAAGACCAAACCCCUUUCCAAAGUCUCCAGUGUAGCAGUUCAGACAGUCGCAGAGAUAUCUGUGCAAACUGAGCCAGUGGGAACCAUAAGAACACCUUCCAUACGAGCACGAGUGGAUGCCAAGGUAGAAAUAAUUAAACACAUUUCAGCGCCUGAAAAGACUUACAAAGGGGGCAGUUUAGGAUGCCAAACAGAAACAGAUUCAGACACACAGAGCCCUCCAUAUCUGGGUGCCACAUCUCCACCCAAAGACAAGAAACGCCCAACACCUUUAGAGAUCGGUUACUCUUCUUCUCACCUUCGGGCAGACCCCACAGUCCAGCUGGCUCCUUCCCCACCCAAAUCUCCAAAAGUCCUUUACUCUCCCAUCUCACCACUUUCCCCAGGCAACGCCUUAGAACCAGCCUUUGUACCUUAUGAAAAACCCCUCCCUGAUGACAUAAGUCCACAGAAAGUACUCCAUCCAGAUAUGGCUAAAGUUCCCCCGGCAAGCCCUAAGACAGCCAAGAUGAUGCAGCGUUCAAUGUCUGACCCCAAGCCACUGAGUCCAACAGCAGACGAAAGUUCCAGGGCUCCUUUUCAGUAUUCCGAGGGCUUCACGACUAAAGGUUCUCAAACCAUAACAGCCUCUGGUACUCAGAAAAAAGUGAAGAGAACACUGCCAAAUCCCCCUCCCGAGGAGGCGUCCACAGGAACACAGUCAACUUACAGCACCAUGGGCACUGCUUCUAGGAGAAGAAUGUGCAGAACCAAUACGAUGGCUCGAGCCAAGAUUCUCCAGGACAUCGACCGGGAGCUCGACCUCGUGGAAAGGGAGUCCGCCAAGCUUAGAAAGAAGCAAGCAGAGCUUGAUGAGGAGGAAAAGGAGAUCGACGCCAAGCUACGGUAUCUGGAAAUGGGAAUUAACCGGAGAAAAGAAGCAUUACUGAAGGAGAGAGAAAAGCGAGAGCGUGCCUACCUGCAGGGCGUGGCUGAAGACCGGGAUUACAUGUCUGACAGUGAGGUCAGCAGUACCAGACCGAGCCGAGUAGAAAGUGAGCAUGGCAUUGAGCGGCCGAGAACAGCUCCGCAAACUGAAUUCAGCCAGUUCAUACCACCACAAACCCAAACAGAAGCUCAGCUAGUUCCUCCCACGAGUCCUUACACUCAAUACCAGUACUCAUCACCCGCUCUUCCCACCCAAGCCCCGACCCCGUACACACAGCAAUCUCAUUUUCAACAACAGACAUUGUACCAUCAGCAAGUGUCACCUUAUCAGACUCAACCAACCUUCCAAGCUGUGGCAACGAUGUCCUUCACACCCCAGGCUCAGCCCACUCCGACUCCACAACCAUCCUAUCAACUGCCAUCACAGAUGAUGGUGAUUCAACAGAAGCCUCGGCAAACCACAUUGUAUUUGGAGCCGAAGAUAACUUCUAACUAUGAAGUGAUUCGCAACCAACCCCUGAUGAUUGCUCCGGUUUCCACUGAUAAUACAUACGCUGUCUCCCAUCUUGGGAGUAAGUACAAUAGUUUAGACUUGAGAAUAGGUUUGGAGGAAAGAAGCAGUAUGGCAAGCAGUCCAAUAUCAAGCAUCUCUGCAGACUCCUUCUAUGCAGACAUUGACCACCAUACUUCCAGGAAUUAUGUCCUAAUAGAUGACAUUGGAGACAUUACCAAAGGGACAUCAGCUUUGAGCACUGCGUUUAGUCUUCAUGAGAAGGAUCUGUCCAAGACAGAUCGGCUCCUUAGAACCACUGAGUCACGGAGGUCUCAAGAAGUGACAGACUUCCUCGCGCCUUUGCAGACUUCCCCCAGAUUGCAUAGCUAUGUGAAAACGGAGGAGGAUCCGAUGGAGGAUCCUUAUGAGUUAAAGCUUCUGAAACAUCAGAUCAAGCAAGAGUUCCGUAGAGGCACAGAGAGCUUAGAUCACCUUGCCGGUCUUUCACAUUAUUACCAUGCUGACACUAGCUAUAGACACUUCCCCAAGUCUGAGAAGUAUAGCAUCAGUAGGCUCACCCUUGAAAAGCAAGCUGCCAAACAACUACCCGCAGCUAUACUUUACCAAAAGCAAUCAAAGCAUAAGAAAUCACUAAUCGAUCCUAAAAUGUCUAAGUUUUCACCUAUUCAAGAAAGUAGAGACCUUGAACCUGACUAUCCUACUUACAUGAGUUCUAGCACUUCAUCCAUUGGUGGCAUUUCUUCUAGGGCAAGGCUUCUCCAAGAUGAUAUCACAUUUGGCCUCAGAAAAAAUAUUACAGAUCAACAAAAAUUUAUGGGCUCAUCCCUUGGGUCCGGACUGGGCACGUUAGGAAAUACCAUCCGGUCGGCUCUACAGGAUGAGGCAGACAAGCCAUACAGCAGUGGGAGCAGGUCCAGGCCUUCCUCUAGGCCUUCCUCCGUCUAUGGCCUUGACUUAUCAAUUAAGAGGGAUUCUUCCAGCUCAUCACUAAGAUUGAAAGCUCAAGAAGCUGAAGCUCUGGAUGUCUCCUUUGGUCAUUCUUCAUCGUCUGCCCGAACGAAGCCCACCAGCUUACCAAUCAGCCAGAGCAGAGGAAGAAUACCAAUUGUGGCCCAGAAUUCAGAAGAAGAAAGUCCACUAAGUCCCGUCGGCCAGCCAAUGGGAAUGGCCAGGGCUGCGGCUGGACCUUUGCCGCCCAUAUCUGCAGAUACAAGGGAUCAAUUUGGAUCAAGCCACUCCUUGCCUGAAGUUCAGCAACACAUGAGAGAAGAGUCACGGACGAGGGGUUAUGAUCGUGACAUAGCAUUCAUCAUGGAUGACUUCCAACAUGCUAUGUCUGACAGCGAAGCCUAUCACUUGCGUCGGGAGGAAACGGAUUGGUUUGAUAAACCCAGGGAGUCUCGUUUGGAAAAUGGCCAUGGUCUGGACCGGAAACUGCCAGAAAGACUGGUUCACUCUAGACCCCUCAGUCAACAUCAAGAGCAAAUUUUGCAGAUGAAUGGGAAGACAAUGCACUACAUCUUUCCUCAUGCAAGGAUAAAAAUAACCAGAGACUCUAAGGAUCACACAGUUUCAGGUAAUGGACUAGGAAUUAGAAUUGUUGGUGGUAAAGAAAUUCCUGGACAUAGUGGAGAAAUUGGAGCCUAUAUUGCUAAGAUUCUUCCUGGUGGAAGUGCAGAACACACCGGAAAACUUAUAGAAGGGAUGCAAGUCUUGGAAUGGAAUGGAAUCCCCUUAACUUCUAAAACAUAUGAAGAAGUGCAGAGCAUCAUUAAUCAGCCAAGUGGGGAAGCAGAAAUAUGUGUAAGACUGGAUCUCAAUAUGUUGUCAGACUCCGAAAAUCCCCAGCAUCUGGAACUCCAUGAGCCACCAAAAGUUGUAGAUAAGGCAAAGUCUCCCGGCGUGGAUCCCAAGCAGCUGGCAGCAGAGCUGCAGAAAGUCUCACUCCAGCAGUCCCCCCUGGUCAUGUCGUCAGUCGUGGAGAAGGGGUCUCAUGCUCACUCAGGUCCCACGUCGGCAGGAUCCAGUUCUGUUCCCAGCCCCGGGCAACCAGGGUCGCCUUCAGUAAGCAAAAAGAAACACAGCAGCACCAAGCCUACUGAUGCGACUAAGACUGCCUCUCACCCAAUUACAGGAGAGAUUCAGCUUCAAAUCAACUAUGAUCUUGGAAAUCUUAUAAUACAUAUUCUUCAAGCAAGAAACCUAGUCCCCAGAGACAACAAUGGCUACUCUGACCCAUUUGUUAAGGUGUACUUACUUCCAGGACGAGGCCAAGUCAUGGUUGUCCAGAAUGCAAGUGCCGAGUACAAGAGAAGGACUAAAUAUGUCCAGAAAAGUCUCAAUCCCGAGUGGAAUCAAACAGUAAUUUAUAAAAGUAUUUCCAUGGAGCAGCUCAUGAAGAAGACCUUGGAGGUGACAGUUUGGGAUUAUGAUAGAUUCUCUUCCAACGACUUCCUUGGAGAGGUAUUGAUUGAUUUGUCUAGCACAUCUCAUCUGGACAACACUCCUCGGUGGUAUCCACUGAAAGAACAGACUGAGAGCAUUGACCAUGGCAAGUCUCACUCCAGUCAAAACAGCCAGCAGUCUCCAAAGCCCUCUGUGAUCAAAAGUAGAAGCCAUGGUAUCUUCCCCGACCCAUCCAAGGAUAUGCAGGUUCCCACCAUUGAGAAAUCCCACAGUAGUCCCGGUAGCUCAAAAUCAUCAUCUGAAGGCCAUCUCCGAUCUCACGGACCAUCUCGCAGUCAAAGCAAAACCAGUGUCGCCCAGACCCACCUGGAAGAUGCAGGGGCGGCCAUAGCCGCAGCAGAAGCCGCUGUGCAACAGCUCCGCAUUCAACCAACAAAGCCCACCAACCACCGGCCUGCAGAGAGCUCUGUGUCCACUGUCUCCUCCAGCAGCAGCGUUGGCAGUGGUUAUAGCGUGGACAGUGAAGGAAGCAGCUGUGUGGCAGGGGAGCCUAAUCUACUUCCUAUCCCAAGGAUAGGAAAGAUGGGACAGAAUGGACAAGACCCUGUGAAACAGCCAGGAAUGGGAGCAUCAGACACAGAGGCUAAAACUCAAGUAAUGGGAGAAAUCAAGCUGGCACUGAAAAAGGAAAUGAAAACAGAUGGUGAACAACUAAUAGUUGAAAUUCUCCAGUGCAGAAAUAUUACCUACAAAUUUAAGUCUCCAGAUCAUUUACCAGAUUUAUAUGUGAAAAUAUAUGUGAUAAACAUCUCUACCCAAAAAAAGGUUAUUAAAAAGAAAACAAGGGUAUGCCGACAUGAUCGAGAGCCUUCCUUUAAUGAAACUUUUAGAUUCAGCCUAAGUCCUGCAGGCCAUUCACUUCAGAUUUUACUUUUCUCCAAUGGAGGGAAGUUUAUGAAGAAGACUUUGAUUGGAGAAGCAUGUAUCUGGCUUGACAAAGUGGAUCUGAGGAAAAGAAUAGUCAAUUGGCACAAACUGUUGGUGAGUCCUACUCAAACACACUGA